GUUACACUCAUAACUUCUUCCCCCCUUUUUUUUUCUCUUGCUUUAUUUUUCAACACCAACACUAUUUAAUUAUUCCUCUAUUUUACCCAUUAUGCAAGAUUAUAAUAAUUACACAACCGAAGUAUAUCGAGCAAUGUACUCCGGCAUAGCCGUAUACGAGAUGCUUGUACGAGGGAUUGCACUUAUGCGAAGACAAAAAGACUCGUACAUGAACUCCACCCAAAUUCUGAAAGUCGCUGGUUUUGGCAAAGUAAAACGAACGCGCAUUGUCGAACGAGAACUCUCGUCGGGUGUACAUGAAAAGGUACAAGGGGGUUAUGGUAAAUUCCAAGGCACUUGGAUUCCCGUGGAGAUUGGCAAAGGACUUGCAGAAAAAUAUGGUGUAUAUGAUGUCGCACGGCCGUUAUUCGAAUUAGAUCCAUCACAGUACGACGACGAGUAUAAUCGAUUACCUACACGAGAAGAAGCACUUGCACAUUACGAUCCAGCACAUACAUCCUCACCUCCUCCGUCACCGUUAAGCGCCGCAUCAACGCCCAUGUCUAUCGCCUCAUCACCGCAUCCAAACCAUCGACGAUCCAUUGACGAACGACCGCGCAAGAAAAUAAAAGUAAUUGACGACGAAAAGCAUCGCAGUUUGUUGAUGGGUCUUUUCGUUUCGUCAGACGAUUCACCACAAAUACCAGAGUUAUUAAAGCCGCCGGAUAUUGAUAUCAACCUCGUAAUCGACGACCAAGGCCACACAGCGUUACACUGGGCUGCAUCAUUGGCACGGAUAAAAACCUUGGAACUACUAAUCGUACGUGGGGCUGACACCUGUCGUGUCAACCAUGCCGGCGAAACAGCACUGAUGCGUGGCGUGAUGAUGCCUCACUGUUUUGAAACACAAUGCUUCCCGAAAUUGCUGGAGCACUUGAAAGAAUCUAUUCCUGUGAUAGAUCGGCGGAGGAGGACAGUCAUUCACCAUACGGCGUUGACGGCAGCUAUGCACGGACGAUAUAACGCGGCCAUGUUUUACAUGGAGCAUAUCCUAAGCACGAUCGGCAGUUCACGUCAUUUACAGUCAGUCAUUCACGCGGAAGAUAUAAACGGCGAUACAGUAUUAAGUAUUGCCAUGCGACUUGGAUUACAAAACAUGGUGACCAUGCUGAACGAGUUUAGUUCGAUCACCCGGAAUAUCGCUGAAGCAAAAGAGCCACUGGAUACCCCUAUUCCUGAUACUUCUAAGAAAACAUAUGGACCAAGUACGCGCGGGCGCGAGAUUGUUUCAACUGUGCAAAAAAUUGUAGAUGAACUCGACAAAGACUAUCAUACAAGAUUACGAGAGCGUGACGAACAACUAGAACGGACACAAGCACGGCUACGUUCCGUCACGCGAGAACUGAACGACGAACGGGAAAAACUCGCAGCACAGCAAAGCAAAGGGCAGAAACUAGCAGAAUCGCACGAAUUAAUACGAAAACUUGAAGAAGCGCUCCAAUCCAACAGCAACAAGCAGAUAGACACUGAAGGACAAGCACGCGAAAAAUGGUUGGAAGAACGAGUCCAGCUUUUGCAGGCACAGGUUGAAGCACAUUCAAAGAUACGGCAAGAACUCGCCGCGGAAGUCGAACAGCUCAAAGCCUAUUCAUCGGAAAAAGAAAUGCAAUGCAAGCGACUGAUUGCGGCCUGUUGUAACAUGACGAUUGACGAAGUAGACAGUAUACUCGAACCGUUAUUAGCUUCGGUAGAGAGCAAUCCACCCGAUCUGGACUUACCCCAAGUCAUCCAGUUCAUGGAACGGUUACAACAGGACGAAGCAAAUAAUAACACUGAUAAUACAUAAUACUCUUUAUCAUA